AUGAACGACAAUCAUCAAGUUAAUCAAGAAAUUGGUUCAGCAAUUCAAAAUGCUACAAAUUUGGUUAAUGCCAUUACUUUGUUGAAUCCUGAUAUGGACUUUGAAAACGAUGAUGAAUUACAAGAAUGUGUUGCUAAAUGUAAAGCUUCUUCAGAGCAAUUAUUCAAAAUUAUACCUACAAUCUCUGGUGGUACUCAAUUAGGUCCUUUGCUACAAUGUAAUGAUCAAAUACAAGGAGCUUUAGAACUAUAUUCAAAAUAUUGUGAAGAUUGCAAAAAAUCAGAUUUGGAUGAUGUAACUUCUAAUUUCGAAAAGACAAAAUUACAAAAUAAUACUAGAGAAAAAAAAUCAUUUGAUUACACAAAGUCAAAUAAAGAAUUUGAUGAUUUAAUUGAUUUUGAUUCGUAUGUAUCAUCCACUGUCUAUUCCAAAAAUUUAACCGAUGAUCCCUUCGAGGAUCCUUUCGCCGAUCCCAUAUCACCUAGCAGAACGCCCGAUCCUGACGCAGAAAAAAAAAUCAAGACACAUCCUAAAUGGACUGAAGUUUAG